CAUGAAGAAGAAGGAGGAAGACCUGGUCUGAGCUGCUGAGGACUACAUGAAGAAGAAGGAGGAAGACCUGGUCUGAGCUGCUGAGGACUACAUGAAGAAGAAGGAGGAAGACCUGGUCUGAGCUGCUGAGGACUACAUGACCCCUGAGGACCAGGACUCCAGGAUCCUCACCUGCAGCUCCACUGGUUUCUGUUGUGGUUUCACUGGUUCAGCCCCAUUAACUGCUGACAGACGCACGAGGGAGGAAAAGGAAGAGGAAGAGGAAGAGGAGGAAGAGGAAGAGGAGGAGGAAGAGGAUGCUGCCGUGGACCUCUGACGACCAGACCAAGAAAAGACCUGAAGAAGAAGAAGAAGAAGAAGAAGUUGAUUAUGGCUGCUCCUCUUUCUCCUGUAACCAUGACAACCUCAAAGGACAACCCUCCGGCCAAUCAGGACAUAAGCUUGGACUCGGGGGAGGAGACAGCCGUGGUGUCAGAUCUAAACAAGGAGGUGUUACCGUGGCAACAGAAGGAGGAGGAGGAGCAUGACGAGGAGGAGACGCAGGCGGUGGCCUCGUUACCGUGGCAACAGAAGGAGGAGGAGGAGCGUGACGAGAAGGAGACGCAGGCGGUGGCCUCGUCUCCGGACGGACGAUUCCUGAAGUUCAACAUCGAGAUCGGACGAGGAUCCUUCAAGACGGUUUAUAGAGGACUCGACACCGAGACCACCGUGGAGGUGGCCUGGUGUGAACUACAGACCCACCGGCUGACCCGCUCGGAGCGUCAGCGGUUCACGGAGGAGGUGGAGAUGCUGAAGGCUCUGCAGCACCCCAACAUCGUCCGCUUCUACGACUCCUGGAAGUCCACGCUGAGGGCACACAAAGGGACCGUCCUGGUGACCGAGCUCAUGACCUCCGGGACCCUGAAGACGUACCUGCGCAGGUUCCGUCAGAUGAAGCUGAAGCUGCUGCAGCGUUGGAGCUUCCAGAUCCUGAAGGGGCUGCAGUUCCUGCACUCACGCUGCCCCCCCAUUCUGCACCGAGACCUCAAGUGUGAUAACGUCUUCAUCACCGGACCCACCGCCUCCGUCAAGAUCGGAGACCUGGGCCUCGCCACGCUCAAGAAGGCCUCAUUUGCCAACAGUGUGAUUGGGACCCCGGAGUUCAUGGCUCCAGAGAUGUAUGAGGAGAAAUACGACGAGGCCGUGGACGUUUACGCCUUCGGCAUGUGCAUCCUGGAGAUGGCGACGUCCGAGUAUCCGUACUCUGAGUGUCAGAACGCCGCCCAGAUCUACCGCAAAGUCACCAAUGGAAUCAAACCCGACAGUUUCCUCAAAGUUACCGUUCCUGAGCUGAAGGAGAUCAUUGAAGGCUGCAUCCGGACCGACAGCAGUGAGAGGUUCACGGUUCAGGACCUGCUGGAUCACCGGUUCUUCCAGGAGCAGCUGGGGGUCCACGUGGAUCUGGCCGAGGACGACGACGGCUCCAAGGCGGCCCUGAAGCUCUGGCUCCGGAUGGACCACAACAAGAGGCUCCACGGGAAAUACAAAGACAACAACGCCAUCGAGUUCCUGUUCGAGCUGUACAAAGACGUCCCGGAGGAGGUCGCCCAGGAGAUGGUGGUGCUGGGGUUCUUGUGCGAGGCGGACUAUAAGCUGGUUGCCAAGGCGAUCAGACACCGAGUGACGGCCGUAAAACGCCAGCGUGAGAAACAGCGCCGCCUGCUGGAGGACGCUGUGAAGAAGGAAGCUGAGGAGUCUGACGCCGCCCCCCAGACACCUGAACCGCCCAAUCACAGACCGGCAGCUGCUACGAACUCAGCCAAUCAGCAGGACUCAGCUGCUGUUUCCGCCCCUCCUGGAUACAAGCCCCUCCCUCUGCAACAGCGACAUCACCAAGCAGAGAGGAUUCUGGGAUCAGCAGCAUCUCCAGCAGGACGGGAGGAGACAGAGACGAGGUUGAAUUAUAAUCAUUUCAUUUAUAUUCAUGACUCGGCAGCAGACUGUGAGAUGGACAGCUCCUUCAGCUACGCAGGUGUGCCAGAGAAGGUUGAAGCCACGCCCCCUCUAGUCACUUGUCACGCCCCCAUCAACUAUAUCCCCGCCCCUGCUCCAGUGGCUCAGGAAACCCCUCGACUCCAGGCUCCUCCCCCUGUGAUCAGGACUCCAUCCAAAGCUCCGCCCCUGCCCGUACUGCGUUUCCCCAAGAGCAUCGCUGUGUCCCAUAAUGCCAAGCGACAGUCAUCUGGAUCUGUAUGCGGCUUCUCCUCCCCUAUUGAGAGCUACGCCUCCGAUGUGACCUCAGGUUUGAGUGAUGGCACUGACGGCCAAUCAGACAAAGGCAACCAGGAAGUGAGCAGGCGGGCGGCUACGAAGCAGUUCAGACGGAGAGUGAGGGCUCGUCUGAGAAUCACAGGGGUGUCAGACAUGGUGGACCGUGUGGUGGAGUGUCAGCUGCAGACUCACAACGGUAAGAUGGUGACCUUUAAGUUUGACCUGGACGGAGACAAUCCAGAGGACAUCGCCUCUGUGAUGAUCCACAGAGACUUCAUCGUGCCGUUAGAGCGGGAAGGAUUCAUCCUCCGCAUGUAUGACAUCAUCAAGAGGGUGGAGUCUAUGAUGCAUCCACAGCCGGCUGACCCCGACAGUUCCUCCCACCUGUCCACCUCCACGCCGCCCGACUCCUCUCCGAUCCUGCCGGCACAGAGCCUCUCCAGGAAUCUAUCCUCGUCUUCACUUCCUGACAUUGCAGAUGCAGACCCGUCCCCCUUGAAGGGCGGAGACUUCUACAUUGACUGUGAGGCCACGCCCUCCAUCAGACCACUGAGGUCACAGUCUUUCCACACCUCCUCAGCUGCCUCCCAUCAACCUCUCCCCUACCCCGUCCAUUACCCCCACCCAGACUCUGCCCCUCCUCACUGGCCCCCCCCUGACCAGCCUCUCUUCUCUCUGGCCAAUGUUCUCUCUCUCGCCAUGAGUGUGGCCCAGUCCUUCAGGCCCCCACCUGGAACCCCCAACCCGGGCUUUCACCCCCAGCCUAUGUCUCCCCCAUUCCCUUCCCUCCAGUCUCCCCUCUCUCCCCCCAUGUCUCCACCCCUGGGUCCUAAGUUACAUCCUCCAAGCCAUGGCUCCUUCUCUGCUCCUUUCUCCUCACAUCUGUCCUACAGCACCCCAACCCCUCAGACAGGCUCCGCCCCCAACAGCCAGCAGGGGCCGCUGCCAGGCCGAACCCCCGACACACCUCAGGCACAGCCUCUCAGUCCUGUUCAGCUGAAGGUCAGCUCAGCUCCGCCCCCUCAAGGUCCAGAGACUGUCAGUGCUCCCAGUCUGACCAGUGCUCCCAGUCUGACCAGUGAUCCAAAUCUAACCAGUGCUCCCAGUCUGACCAGUGCUCCCAGUCUGACCAGUGAUCCAAAUCUAACCAGUGCUCAUGGUCUGACCAGUGCUCCCAGUCUUGUCCAGGUCCCCCCCCCGUCUCACUGUCCCCCAUACAGGAAGAUUAACUUGUCGGCGCUCUCUGCUCAUUUUGUUUAUAAACUUAAUGAUCCGAGUUCCUUUGUUCUGGUAAACACUGAUCGUGUCCUGCAGCGCCCCCCUCAGGACAAACGUCACUUCUUCUUCUCUGGUUCUCUUCCAGCAAAGAAACCUUCAGUCUUAAACGUGGGUCGUUUCCAGGUGACGCCCUCCAAAGUCCUUCCUGCUGUCCGUCAACCGGAGCCCCGCCCCCUCCGACAGGCCACACCCACCGCCCACUCCCCGCCUCCCUCUCCGGCAAACCAAUCAGAGAGCUCAGAGAGCAGCACCUCAGAGCAGAGACAAUCAGAGAGUAGCAUGGGCACGGUGGUCAAGGUGUCCCCGCCUGGUCAUGUUCAGGGUAACCAUGGCAACCCCUGUGGACAGGAGGAAGCGGAGGAGAAGAGGAGGCGGGGGGGCGGAGGCCGAGUGUCAGCCUGUGGGAGGGGUCAGUCGGCAGCUCCAACCAAUCAGAGCCGCGCUGCACCUUAUGUCAGCUCUGACGAAUCAGAGAGCGAGAAUGAGGAGAUGUGUGCGGAGCAGCAGGAGCUCUGCGAAAGACACGACAGGGAGGUGCAGAACCUGCAGGCCAAUCAGAAGCGAGAGAUCGAGGAGCUGUAUCUGAGGAUGGGUAAAGUCCCGCCCCCUGGAAUCGUCUCCCCGGCCGCCAUGUUGAACCACCGCCAGCGCCGCCUCUCUAAGACCGGGAACCACCCUCCUUCACGGAGAAACAGCCUGCAGAGGCCGGAGGUGCUGCCCCCUGCAGGCAUCAUGAGGAAGAGCUCGGCCAGCAGCACCGAGUCUCAGGAGAAAGCAGGGAGGGGCGUGACCUUUGCCCCCGAGCACAGCAGCACGAUGAGCUCACACAGUGAGAGAGGAGCUGCAGAUUAACUGAAGACGACGAUGAAGACGACGAUGAAGACGAUGAAGACGACGAUGAAGACGACGAUGAAGACGUUGAAGACGACGAUGAAGACGACGAUGAAGACGACGAUGAAGACGACGAAGACGAUGAUGAAGACGAUGAAGACGACGAUGAAGACGACGAAGACGAUGAUGAAGAUGACGAAGAAGACGAUUUAAAGAGUAGCUGUUUGAUGUAUAACGAUAUAAUAUAUAAAUAUUGAUCCUUUUAUCUUUAUUUGAAUGUUUCUCUCUCUGAGCUCAGUGACGUCACAACAGAUUUAUUGGUUCAUUGUUAAUUUAUUCAUUUUUUAUUUAUUCAUAAUUACAUGAGCAGAAAGAUAAAUAUUUAAGAGUCUUCUGCACUUUGACACUUUCUCUUCAUCUCCACAUAUCAAUAUGUAUUUGUGAUCAGUAUAUAAACCUCUCAUAAUCUGUUAUUAACUGUUUAUUAUGUCACAUUUAUGUAUUAAAGAUUAAACGUGUGAACAGUGAGACUUCACGUCGAUUAUUAUUCACCUGACCGUCUAAUCAAUAAAUAACCUCAAACAGAACAUCAAUGA